GGACCCGGCGGAAAUCGCGUGCAUGUUCUAGGGCAGGAUUGUAAAUGCGCCAUGACUCCGCCUGAUCGGGUCUUAUUGCAAAGCUGAAUGUUGGUGCGAUUUCAGGCCUGUACAACUUAGCUUAUAACAUUCACUAAAGAACAAAACACAGCAAACCAAGAUGGAGUACGAGUGGAAACCAGAUGAGCAAGGACUUCAGCAAAUUCUACAGCUUCUGAAAGAGUCACAGUCUCCGGAUACCUCCACACAACGAACCGUCCAGCAAAAACUUGAGCAGCUAAAUCAGUAUCCAGACUUCAACAACUACUUGAUCUUUGUGUUAACAAAGUUGAAAUCGGAAGAUGAACCCACCAGAUCUCUUAGCGGUCUGAUUCUGAAAAACAAUGUGAAGACACAUUUUCACAACUUUCCAAAUGGGGUGUCGGACUUCAUAAAAAACGAGUGUUUAAAAAACAUUGGAGACACAUCGCCGUUGAUAAGAGCCACUGUGGGUAUUUUGAUCACAACUAUUGCCUCAAAGGGAGAGCUACAGAAUUGGCCGGAACUCCUUCCCAAGUUAUGUGUGCUUUUAGACUCUGAGGAUUACAGUACCUGUGAGGGAGCAUUUGGAGCGCUUCAGAAGAUCUGUGAAGAUUCGGCUGAAAUUCUGGACAGUGAUAUUCUUGACCGACCACUGAAUAUCAUGAUACCAAAAUUCUUACAGUUCUUUAAACACAGCAGUCCAAAAAUUAGGUCCCAUGCUGUUGCCUGUGUCAACCAGUUUAUCAUUAGUAGAACUCAGGCCCUUAUGUUACAUAUUGAUUCUUUUAUUGAGAAUCUGUUUGCACUGGCCACUGAUGAAGAGCCCGAGGUCUGUAAGAAUGUGUGCCGCGCCCUGGUGAUGCUACUGGAAGUUCGGAUGGAUCGGCUGCUUCCUCACAUGCACAACAUUGUGGAGUACAUGUUGCUAAGAACCCAGGACCAGGAUGAGAAUGUAGCUUUGGAGGCUUGUGAGUUUUGGUUGACGCUAGCUGAGCAGCCGGUCUGUAAAGAAGUGCUGUGUGUACACCUUUCGAAGUUAAUCCCUGUUCUUGUAAAUGGUAUGAAGUACUCUGAAAUUGACAUUAUUCUGCUCAAGGGAGACGUGGAGGAGGAUGAAGCGAUUCCGGACAGCGAGCAAGACAUCCGGCCACGUUUCCAUCGCUCUCGCACCGUGGCACAGCAGCACGAGGCAGACGGCAUCGAGGAGGAUGACGAUGAUGACGAUGAACUUGAUGAUGACGACACUAUUUCCGACUGGAAUUUGAGGAAAUGUUCUGCUGCUGCGCUCGAUGUCCUUGCUAAUGUGUUCCGGGACGAGCUCCUGCCUCACCUCCUCCCUCUGCUGAAGGAGCUGCUCUUCCAUCCCGAAUGGGUGAUCAAGGAGUCCGGCAUCUUGGUUCUGGGAGCCAUCGCUGAAGGCUGCAUGCAGGGUAUGAUCCUGUAUCUCCCGGAGCUUAUCCCCCACCUCGUUCAGUGCUUGUCUGACAAGAAGGCUCUUGUCCGCUCCAUUACAUGCUGGACCCUUAGCCGCUAUGCACACUGGGUUGUCAGUCAGCCCCCAGACACCUACUUGAAGCCACUGAUGACCGAACUGCUGAAACGCAUCCUGGACGGCAACAAGCGAGUACAGGAAGCGGCCUGCAGUGCCUUUGCUACACUAGAAGAGGAGGCUUGUACGGAGUUGGUGCCCUACCUCGGUUAUAUACUCGACACCCUUGUAUUCGCUUUUAGCAAAUACCAGCACAAGAACCUGCUCAUCCUGUAUGAUGCUAUAGGCACUCUUGCCGACUCAGUAGGCCACCAUUUGAACAAGCCGGAGUACAUAGAGAUGCUGAUGCCGCCCCUCAUCCAGAAAUGGAACCAGCUGAAGGAUGAAGACAAGGAUCUGUUUCCUCUGCUGGAGUGCCUGUCUUCAGUUGCCACUGCCCUGCAGUCUGGCUUCCUCCCAUACUGUGAGCCUGUGUACCAGCGCUGUGUGAACCUGGUACAGAAAACUCUAGCACAAGCCAUGCUGCACAACGCCCAGCCGGAUCAGUAUGAAGUGCCAGACAAAGAUUUUAUGAUUGUAGCUCUUGAUUUGCUCAGUGGCCUCGCUGAAGGACUUGGCGGCAGCAUCGAGCAGCUGGUGGCGCGCAGCAAUAUCCUGACAUUGAUGUAUCAGUGUAUGCAGGAUAAAAUGCCAGAGGUCCGGCAGAGUUCCUUUGCCUUGUUGGGUGAUCUAACCAAGGCAUGUUUCCAGCAUGUCAAGCCAUGCAUUGCUGAUUUCAUGCCAAUUUUGGGCACUAACCUCAAUCCUGAAUUAAUUUCUGUGUGCAACAAUGCUACAUGGGCGAUUGGAGAGAUUUCAAUUCAGAUGGGUGCUGAAAUGCAGCCAUACAUUGCUAUGGUGUUACACCAGCUGGUGGAGAUCAUCAACAGACCCAAUACACCAAAGACAUUAUUGGAAAAUACAGCAAUAACAAUUGGUCGUCUUGGUUACGUUUGUCCUCAAGAGGUGGCUCCCAUGCUACAGCAGUUUAUAAGACCCUGGUGCACUUCACUACGUAAUAUACGGGACAAUGAAGAAAAAGAUUCAGCAUUUCGGGGAAUCUGCACAAUGAUCAGUGCCAACCCAGGAGGUGUUGUGCAGGAUUUCAUAUUUUUCUGUGACGCUGUAGCCUCCUGGGUUAGUCCGAAGGAUGAUCUGCGAGAUAUGUUCUGUAAGAUCUUACAUGGAUUUAAAAACCAGGUUGGAGAUGAAAACUGGAAGCGAUUUUCAGACCAGUUUCCACUUCCACUGAAGGAACGCCUUGCAGCAUACUAUGGAGUGUAACAGCAUGGUCUGUAGGAGCAGUAAUUGGGGUCUUUCACUCUGGGAGACAACGGGGAGCCUCUGCACCCAGGGAAAAUGUUACCCUUUACUGGGGGGGAAGGGUAGACCAGGGGGGACAUACAGUACGAUCCCAACCCAUCUGGGCGGGGUGGGAGGGAGGUGUUAGUCGUCGCACUGUUCAGCUGACGGGGGAACACCUGGAGCAAUUGAGGGAGGAAAUUUAGUCUUUUUACAACUCAAUAUCUGAAUAAGAAGCAAAUGAAGAUAUGUUGUCCAAUAAUAAUAUAGCACAUUGUUAAAAAAAACAAACAAAAAAAACCUCGGGGAUACCUUUAAACAUUUUAUAGACAAUAUUGGCUUAAAGUAUAGGGUUAAGUGCAGAUCAUUUAAAAAUAAAUACAUAAAUAAAUGGCACACUGUAAAAACCUAAGAUGGGAUUCUAAAUAGCAUUGACUGCAUUUAAAGUAAACCUAGACAUAGGCAUGGUGAAUUCCAGAACAUUGCAUGGAAUGAAGAAUACUCAAUGAAGUAAAAGUAGUUUCACAAGUUCAACUUGUAACAUACUGUACGUCAUCAGUGGGCACCUGUUAUUAAAUUUGGUAGACGGAACAAAUUAAAUGCUAGAGCUAAUGUUAAGACCAACAGCCUAGCCAGAAGCCUAAUUAGUGUCUAACUAGUUUUUGCAUAUCAUGGCAAAUACAAUUGGCAUAUCUUGCAUACUCCUCAAAUACUAGAGAGAUUAUUUUGGAGGGGUGGGGGGCUAUGUUUUUUUUUUUUUUUUUUACACCAAUACUUUCUGUCAACGUACAGUUUGAGGUAAAGACAUGCAUUUUUAUUUCUUGAGUUGUUUUAUGGGAAGAGUAGCAUGCUUGCAGCAAGAGUGUGAAUGGUAUACAUUUUACAUAUAUACUGCAACAGUUUUGUGUUUCGGUUGAAUAGUACAUAGCCCUACAUUAAAAAGAAAAGAAAAAAGAGUUUAAUUUCUGUUAAGGAUAUAGGUUUAAGUCAUGUAGUUAAGAUAAGGCCUUAAUCUCUUUAGGACUCAUUAGGAUUAACUUUGAUAUAGUACUGUGUGUAACCUGCACAUUGUGGAAAGCCGAUUAUACCUGUGCAAUCUUUGCUUCUGUGCUGUUAAUGUGAUGUGCUUACUGCAUGGACAUAAUACUAGUGAAUUGACCAGAUAUUCUGAAACUAUAGAGCCAUGUCAUUAAUAGAACUGUUAAGGGCUUGUGUUAAACAUCAGCUGGAAUCUAAUAAGGACGAAUGUACAAGUUCAUGACCUGUUUGCUGUACUUCAGUGUCUAUUCCCACUCAGUUUGUUAAUUUUCUUUUUAAUUGCAUUUUUGUUCAAAGCAUGAUCUUAAAGGUGUUUGAUUCAUUUAAUGGAUGUCAUAACAAGGUCCUGGAAGCCUUGGUCUGCGCAUGUUGAUGGCCCGUCGUACCCCAGCUCGAUGCGAAAGGGCACAAGCUACAGGGUGGAACUUUGAAUCCUUUUUAUUUCCAGUUUCAUCACUUCAUCUGUGUUGUUGUUGUUUACUUUAAGUCUUUCAGUCUGUUUAAGAAUAAACCUGUGUUUAUUUAACCUUUCCCCUCCCCUUAAUGUGUAUUUUGUUGUAUUGUUUUAUACUGUGAAUCUGGAAACGGAUCUGGUACACGUUGUAUUGUUUGGAUUGCCUGAAAGUAUCCCAUGCUGAAUAUAGGGGGCCUGUACAAAGAUAUACGAUUGCUCUGCUGGUCAGAACUAGGCCUGCAGUACUCCUUGGUUUUGUUUUUUUUUCUUUCUUUCUAUAUAAAGUGCGAGACAAUUCAACCUUAACAAAAAAGAAACUUGUAAAGCCAUAGCAGCUUUUUGCAACCGAAGAAUGUCCCACAUAAAAAUAAAUAAUAAUAAUAAUAAUAAUAAUAAUAAUAAUAAUAAUAAUAUUUGGGCAGAUCUUUGCAUGUUUUCAUCCAGUGUGUGAGUGGUUGAAUGGUAUUGAAUAUUGCACUGACAAGUUUAGCCUACGCAUGUGAGACGUGUUAGAUUUGCAUUUCUUUUUUUUUUAAAUUUAUUUUGGUAACAUUUUUUUUAUAUUUCGGUGUGCAUGAGAGCAUGUGGUUUUUACACAUUCCUCUUAGCUGACAAAUUAUGCAUAUAUCUGUCAGGUAAAGAGUAAUUCUUAAUGCAUUCUCCCAGUUUUAUUCAGUUUUUAUUAUUCCUUUUGAAAACAAGUUGGUAUUGCUUCAACUCCAAUAACAAGAGGGUCACUUCACUUCUAAACUGGCAAUAUUAUUUUCCACUUGUGAAAGGUACUCUGUUUUAGCCUUUGGGACCACAAGGUUAUUUUUUGGUUCCUCCCUGUAAUGAGUUAGGUGGGAGGUAUUUGGUUUCAAAUAGUUCAGUGUAGCGCAACAAUUACUUUGGGUCUAAACUGACAUUUUUAAGAAAAAAAUAAAAUAGUAUGCUGCUGUAGACCUUGCAGAUUAUAUAAAGAUAAUGUUCUGUACACAGAACAUAUUAAAGUGCAAGAUUUUUUCAAGUUUCUGUCCAGUGUGUGCAGUUAUCAAGAGGAAAAUAACCUGGGGGUAGAGUACAGCUUUUAAAAGUGUUGUCUGUGAAGUUAAAUAUAUGCUGAAAAAAAGUUAUAGAAACAAACGCUUGAUCGUAAACCAGUAAAAACAGAAUGCUUUUGUUCUCAACAUGCCAUGCACUAAGCAGUUUUAUGUUCAGUAUAAACAUUGCCCUUUUAAAAAUGGAUACAAUGCAUCAUGGGGUAUAUAUGAAGCGUCUGUCUUAUCUGUGGUGUGCGUGUUUUAAGGUUCUGAAUGUGGAUUGUCUGAAGUCGUAAUACUUUGUCUUGUCACAUUCCAGCUUUUUUUUCCCCUUCUUUCCUUUGGCAUGCUAAAAGCACGGCUCAUUUUGUCUGCUCCUUACACACUGAAUUAAGUUGCUGUUAGUGUGCUGUCGUACAUAUAUGGCCGCUGCUAAGUAGUUUUCUACUUGAAUAUUUUUAUGUUGUAGAAACCUCAGGAGGUUGGUGUUUACUGUUAUAUGCCUUUUUCCAUUUGAGCUUCCCUUUUUUGAAGGAUUCUAACAAUAGAUGAAACGAACUCCUUCUCAACUUGAGUUGGUAACAGAAAGUGUUUUAAGGUGUGGUGUAAAUGUUAAAAUGUUUGUCUCAGGGCAGACAUUUGUCUUCAGUCCAUUCUUGAAGUCUUAUCUUUCUGAAUGUGCUGGUGGGAUUAUUAACAUGUGCACCUUGACUGGCUAUUUCUGUUGACAGCUUGGGUUGCAAAAGAGUUUUCCUCCAAAAAAAACCCUUUAAGGAACUGGGCCAAGUUUCUGAACACCAGAAAGCGCCAACUACUGUAAUGUUAGAAUGUUACCUUCAAAAACCUGCUCCAGCAACCUCUCCCAGCUCUAUAUACUUCACUAAUACUUCUUGAAGUCUGCCUUCACAUCUACGCUAACAUGAGAGAACUUCAUUUUAAAUAGAAAAUAUGGUUUUAAUUUUUGAUAAGCUGCUGAAUUUUAAACCGUUUUUUGGGGCCACCAAAUAUUUUGGAUCAUGCAAAUAAUCUAUAUUGUACUGUAGUAAUUUUGUAAUAUUUGUAUGAUGUAGUGAUAUUAGAUGUGAAUGUUAAUCACUGCUUGGAUAUGUACAUUGUUGAUUAAUAAAUUGUUUACAUAAA